GCGCCAUUCAUCAUCUCCAUCUCCCCAGUACAGUCAUGGACAAGGCUAGCACUACUGGCUUCGUUUUUGCUUCAAUGAUCAGCAAAGUUUUGCUUCUCCUCGCAUCAACUAUCUUUCAAGGAGUGCAAGGAACGAUUGGGAUUGGGGUCAACUAUGGCACAGUGGCAAACAAUCUUCCUCCACCAUCUGAAGUUGCCAAAUUCCUUUUAGAAUCGACCAUUAUAAACCGCGUCAGGCUCUUUGAUGCCGACCCCGGAAUAUUGCAAGCCUUUGCUCACACUGGAAUCGAAGUCACGAUCACGGUGCCUAAUGACCAAAUCCCCAGCCUCACCAAGCUAAGCUUUGCCGAGCAAUGGGUGAAAACCAAUGUAGAACCUUAUACACCCGCCACCAACGUCGUCCGAAUUUUGGUAGGCAAUGAAGUAUUAUCCACAGCCAAUAAGGUGUUAAUUGCAGGCCUUGUCCCGGCCAUGCAGACCCUUCACACAGCUCUUGUCGCAGCCUCUUUGGACCGGCAAAUUAAGGUUUCUACGCCCCACUCUUUGGGCAUUUUGUCAUCCUCAAGCCCACCGUCCACCGGCAAAUUUAGACAAGGUUAUGACACCCACGUGCUCAAACCAUUGUUUACCUUCCUUAGGGCCACCAAUGCACCUUUCAUGGUAAAUCCAUAUCCAUUUUUUGGCUUCUCGCCGAACUCUCUGGAUUAUGCACUCUUUAGGCCCAAUCCAGGGGUUUUUGAUGAGAACACUAAGCUUCUAUACACAAACAUGUUGGAUGCUCAAUUGGAUGCGGUUUUCUCAGCCAUGAAACUAUUGGGCUUUGAUGACCUUGAGAUUGUUAUAGCGGAAACUGGCUGGCCUUCCGAGGGAGAUUCAGCCCAAGUUGGUGUUAGCCCAGAAAGUGCCGCCGAUUACAAUGGAAAUCUUGUUCGGCAUGUUCAUUCUGGUAGCGGUACGCCGCUCAUGCCCAAUCGGACAUUUGAGACGUACAUUUUUGCCCUAUUCAAUGAAAAUCUCAAGCCCGGCCCAACGGGCGAGAGGAACUUUGGGUUGUUUCAGCCCGAUAUGACACCUGUCUAUGAUGUUGGGAUCCUACGGCCCAUGGCUAGGUCAUCAAUUCCAGAUAGGACACCAAGCCCAAAUGCAAGCCCAAGCCCUGAUGCAAGCGCAGGCCCAGAAGCAAGCCCAGGCUCAGGGGCUCCACCAAUCGGCCCAAUUCCACCAGUUAUGGGAAAACAAUGGUGUCUACCCAAAGCAGGGGUUGACCCAGAUACUCUGCAAAGGAAUAUUGACUAUGUUUGUGGGCUGGGCUUGAACUGUGGGCCGAUCCAAGAAGGAGGGGCAUGCUUUGAGCCCAACACGGUUCGUGCCCAUGCGGCUUAUGCAAUGAAUGUGUACUAUCAAGCAUUGGGAAGGUAUGGCUAUGAUUGCGAUUUUGAACAAACUGGAGCCAUCACUGAUGUGGAUCCAAGCUAUGGAAGGUGCAAGUAUUGACAAUGGGGUGAAUUGCAAUGAAGACCCCACUUGCUAGAGAUCCACCAUUGCUACAUUUUUAUGCAAGCUUUUAAAGCUAUUUUCUCUCUCUUUCUUCCCCUUUUUUAGUAGUACAUGCUUCUAGGCAUGGAUAUGUAAUGUUAUUAUGUUAGGAUAACAGUUUCAUUGGCUUACAGAUAGUGAUUGAUGUUGAAGAAUGGUAAUGUAUUCAAAUAACUAUAAUAUAUUUGGUUCUCUCCCUUUGUUAAAAAGUAAUUAAGAUUUUUUUUUUUUUUCAAAAAAAGAAAAAAGAAAAGGGGUUGGGGUGGCUACCACCGUGGUGGCAGCCACCCCUUAGGGAGUGGGUGGCCUGAGAGCCACCCUCUAGGGCCGCCGGAGGAACUAGGUGAAAUUGAGGAACUUAGUUUCUUGGUUUUAUACUGAGAAAUUGAGGAACCUAGUGAUUUUUUUCAGUUCAGUAAAUGAUAAUAAAGGAAAUGAGAAUUUGAGUGUGUCUCAAUAUUCAUCAAAUAAAUCUGUUUUUGAUGAGGAUGGACGUAGACGAACAACAAUUGAUUCACAAAAUGGGAAAACGAGUUCAGGGGAGAUGGGUGUGUUCGUGAAGAGAAACGUAAGGUUACUGAUUUGGGUUGGAGUUGGAUGUGUUUGUUGGAAGUGCAUUGGUUCAUACUUGUUUGAAAUUUGCGUUGAUGGAAGAGGCACAGGAGAUGUUCGAGGGAUUGCCGAUGAGAACUUGAAAAGUCCAUUUUUUUUUUAUCUCACAUAUUGUAGUUCCUCCCGACUGUGAGACAAAAGAACAACCUACUUCUCUGUCAUGAUUUGUUUUUGA